GAAUCUAUUCCUGCCAGUCAAACGUCAUGGCAUCCGGUAGCAGUCUUCUCAUACGCCGGGACACUGGUACAAUAGAUAUUCGACUUGAAUACCGUGACCAAUCUCAGGUAAUUGGAUUGAUAGGCACCCUGGUCAUCAUUUCCACGGCCGUUGCGUUUGGGUUUGCCAUUUUCUGGGUUGACUACACCUGUAACCAUGUUAUUGGGACUCUGGCUGCCGUCGAAGACUCGCACCCCGAGAACUAUGUUCGCCUCGAAGGCGAAAAUUCUAACGAUUCCUGCGACCCAACUGAUCUCAAUUUCAUUCCUCUGGUAGCCACUAAGCCCAUCACUAGCGGGCUACGGUCAGGCAUUAAGCACUUGCGCGCCCGUGGCGGCAUCUGGUCGUGCUUCCGUGGAUUUCGUAUGUUCCUGGCCUUCACGAGUGGUGGUACGGUCGUGGGCUUUCUAGUUCCAGCUACUAUCCGUAUUCCGAUCCACUUCUCUAUCCGUUUAUUUCUUGGGCAGUUUGUCGCUAGAAUGCUCUUUGCCACCUGGCAGAUGGCCUGGGUGCAUCUUGUGAUCGCCGAUAAAUCUCCUCGGAGAUCCUACCGGCGGAUGCUUGGCCUUCGGCAUUGGUCUAGGAUUGCCCCUGCGGCAGCUUUAUACAAUGUCCUUAUGUGCGCGUCUUUCUCUAUACCUUUAGCCGCUAGAAGCUUCGUCGGUUGGACCGUUACGAAUGUAUUUGCCGCUCGGGGAUUUAAAGAGCUUCUCAAUGCUCUGAUCAGCAUUCUUCCGGGUAUCUUCUUCUUGUUGGUUUCUAUUCACGCCAGGGCUAUAUACACCCGGGUGGCUGCUUCUAUGCUGCCCGAGGAGGACGACCCUAUUGUACCUUUCGACCGCCUUUUCGGUGGCAAGACAAACCUCAACAUGGCUAGGGGAGGUGACAAGCUGGGUCUGAAAGAUGCUUGGGUCACGUUUGAACGGUCUGCUCGCUCUCGCUUUUUUAGAACUAUCCUCAAGGCUCUGGCUAUUGAGGUUGCACUGGGCGUGGUCGGGACUAUUCUAGUAAUGGGCGAGGUGUUUUUCAUGAACUCGAUUAGAUAG